UCUCCCUCUCUAGGGUUAGGGUUAGGUUCCUCUUCGUCUCUUCCUUCUCCCUUUGCCCUGGCGAUCAAGAGCAGAAAUCGAGGGUUUUGACUGAGAUUGGGUCAGAUCAGAGAUGGGAUCCGAGGCGGCCGCCGCCAUUCCUAGCUCGCUGGUGCAGGAGAGCUUCGCGGAGCUGGAGAAGCAGCGGGAGCUCAUCACCUGCUGCACGCUUCUGUGGAAGGAGCUGUCCGACCACUUCUCCACCCUCGAACGGGGGCUCGAGAUCAAGUCCGAGGCCCUCCGGUCCAAGCGCCAGUCCCUCGACGCCUCCACCCGGCGCACUCUCGGCUCCCUCCGCCGCCGCGAGCUCUCCAUCGACGCCGCCGUCGACCUCGCCCUAUCCAAGCUCGACGAGCGCCGUGUCGCCGCCGUACAGGCCCUCGCUGCCGCCGCUGCCGACGGGGACGAGCUUGGUCUCCCCGAAAAGCUGCGAUCUCUUUGCACUAAGAUGGAUUUCGACGGGUUCUUCGACCUCGUGGUGGCGAAGAGGAAGGAUGUGGAGCUUCUCCGGUCGGAACUCCCUGUGGCCCUCGCGGACUGCAUCGAUCCGUCCAAGUUCGUGAUGAACGCCAUCUCUGGGGUCUUCCCUGUCGAUAAGAGGCUGGUGAAGUCACCGAAUGAUCUCGGGUGGGCCUGCGUGCUGAUUCUGGAGUCGCUGGUGCCUGUCCUGGCGGAUCCAGAGCUGGGGACGGCAAGGCUGUUGGUAACUCGAACCACAAGGGAGCGGGCCAAGGAGAUAGCGGAGGAGUGGAAGGAGGGGCUGGAGCAGCACGGUGGGGUCGAGAACACAAAGCCAUCUGAUGCGCACACGUUUCUCCAGCUCGUGGUAACUUUUGGGAUCGUAGAGAAGGAUGACAAGGCGUUAUACCAGAGGCUUGUGGUUAGUUUUUCAUGGAGGAAGCAGAUGCCAAAGCUGGCUAUAUCAUUAGGUCUUGAGGAUAAAAUGGAAGAUAUUAUUGAGGAACUGAUCAGCAAUGGGCAUCAGCUGGAUGCAAUAAACUUUGCCUAUGAGGCUGGUCUUCAGGACAAGUUCCCUCCUGUUCCACUGCUAAAAUCCUUCCUCAAAGACUCUAAGAAAGCAACUUCAACAUCUGAUGAUCGCAACAAUUGUGGGCAAACUGCGAAUAACACAUGCCGCAAGGAACAGUCAGUUAUUCGGGCUGCUAUUAAAUGUAUUCAAGAACACAAGCUCGAAGCUGAGUUUCCUUUAGAGGGGCUUCAGAAGCGACUCGAACAAUUGGAGAAGGCCAAGGUUGAGAAGAAAAGACCUUCUGGUGGUGGUCCUGCCAACAAGCGAACCCGAGCCAGUAAUGGGGGACCAAUGCCUCCUGCCAAGGCUGGUCGUCUGACUAGCAAUGCCUGUGUUUCCUCCUUCCCUGCUGCUCCCGCCUUUGUACGAUCACCAUCAUCCCAUGCGACAUACCCUGCAGCUGCUCCUUAUCCUUACGAUAGUCCAGCAGGACUUGGGGUCUAUGGUAGCAGGAGCCCACCAGCUCUCAGGGACUCCUAUGGAUACCCAGCUGAAGUUGGCUCUGCUGCACUUGGUGCAUCAUACCCCUCGCCACCUAUGAGCUAUCCAGUCUAUGGGAAUUACAACAAUGGCUUGGGAGGUUACAACAAUGCAUUGACACCAGUCUACCAGCAGGCUUACUACAGGUAGGUUUGUAUCGAGACUUUGACAAAUUGACCUGGCUGGAUGAUAUAACUAGUAAUAAAUUUCAGCCACUUGCUCGAUGGCCUAUUUUGUAGCAACUAACUAAAACUGUAGGAUGUGUGCUGUGUGCUUACUAGAUGGUUUGCUUUUAGUUUCUUGUUUAGAUCAGCUGUAUUCUGCUUUCCCCUACCGCAUGUAAAUUAUAUUGGAUCAAAAUUUCAAGAUGCUUUAAUCCUUAGUAGCCGAAUACUUUUUCAUAUCA